UUGUUAUUUUACUUGUUAACAAGCAACAUCACUCAUGUCGAAGAAGACAAGUCAAAAUACACGGGAAAUUUUAAUUUCCGAGGUGCAGACAAAACCAAGUCUUUGGGAUGACACACAUCCGGAAUAUAAAAAUUGUGAAAGGAAUAAAAAAAUAUGGGCAGAAAUUGGAAAAAUCGCUGGAUUGACUGGACAUGAUGCAAAAGAUAAAUGGAAAAAUUUAAAGGAUAAGUUCAGGAAAGAAUUGCAAAAAAUACCAAUAAGUCGUUCGGGUGAAGGUGGUAGCGAAUACAGAAGCAAAUGGCCAUUUUUUAAUUCGAUGAUGUUUGUUAAAGACACUAUAAUACCAAGCAGUAUGUCCGGAAACUUAGGCAUUGAAGAAAAUUCUCAAAAAUCAUUUUCUGGAGCUUCAGAUAAUGAAAGUUUUAUAGAAAUAGUGGAUACGCCAUUAACUGCUGACGCUGAGGCUUUAUCACCCUCCACGUCUAUUUCUCAAACCACUUCUACUUCAAAUUAUUAUACCAAACACUCAAUAAAUCCAAAUAUUAAAAAAAGACGUAUUGAAAGAGACAAUACUCAAAAAAUAAUAGAACUUGAAGAACAAAAAAUUGCCAUUUUACAAAAAGCACAAGAUAGUGAAAAAAAACCUGAAAAUCCAGACGCUCAAUUUCUAUUAAGUCUUUUGCCUUAUUUCAAUUGAUGCAAGCACUAGAAAAACUGGAACUUAGAAGUGAAAUACAAAAUGCUGUGCUCAACGUUUAUAGAAGAAAAAGCUAUUCAUCUAAUAGUUAUGCAUGUAAUCCAGAAGUAUCACUCAUACAAACCACAUCAUCUCAGCAACCAGUCCAAAGACAAAUUUAUCGGCCAUAUAAUAAUGAAGAAAAUGUAUCUUUAGAAACAAGUGAGCAAACCCAAUGGAAUGUGCCGAACAUGAACACAACCGUAGGUGUUGACAUACCGAGUGGAAAUAUGCCAUUAGAUACUAAUCAACAAUUGUUUAAUGUUAAUAACACACUACAUAAACAUUUUAAAUAAAACUAGCAACACAUAUUAUAUCAUAUUUAGUGCCCAUUAUGGCAUUAUGAAACAAAAGACUGUUUUUUUUUAUUGUUAUUAGCAAUAAAUGGUAUAUAAUGUUAUAAG